AUGACAAAAAAAGCAUCUUUGAAUGAAAAGUUAGAGAUUAACUUUCUUAGAAAUUGCAAAAAAGUUCUUGAUAAGUCAAUUGACAGUUUCAAAAAUAAAGAAAAAAAAUUAAUGAAACAGGACAAUUAG